AUGUUCUACGCUAUGGAUAAGAACAAAGAGCUGUUCGAGGAUUUAGUUGAGACGUUCUUUACAGUUGUUUCCGGGCAAUGCCCACCUGGUCUUUACCCAUUCCCGUCGUCAUAUCAGCCCUCAACUUGCUCCCCACAAGAUGUCUGCGCCUGUCAGAAUUUGAAACCUGGAGCUGCUUGCCAGUAUUCAGCACAACAUAUGAGGGCCGUAGUGGCUGCCACAUACUGGUUUCAGAACUCUACUAAUCGCUGUGAAUGUCCAGAUGGUACAGCAUUUAUGAACGGAGAAUGCGUGCAAACAGGGAGCGGAUGCGAGUUAGGAAUGGUGAUGGUAAAUGGUACAUGUGAAUCACUAGCUUCACCUGGGAUGCAGUGUAUGGUGGAGGAGCAAUGCAUCGAUCAUUCACAAUGUGUCAACAACAGCUGUCAAUGCAUACAAGGAUUCCAACUCGUCAAUGGCUACUGCGUUCCAAACAAUGGAGGGCGAUGUCCAGUUACACAGGUUCUCCUCAACGGCAAAUGUGUGCAAAAAGUUCCGAUAGGCUCUCCGUGCCAGGUUACCCAACAAUGUUUGGGUGGUGCACAGUGUAACUACGGACUUUGUCAAUGUGCUGCUGGUCAAUCAAUCAUCAAUGGAGUUUGCUCAGGUGGUCCCGGUACUGGUUGCCCUUUGAAUCAGGUUAUGGUAAAUGGACAGUGCAUGCCUACGGUAGGUAUAGGUUUGCGCUGCUCUUACACCCAGCAGUGCCUUGGAAACUCGGUUUGCGUCAGCAACUUGUGCCAAUGCCCUACUGGUAGCAAUAAUUAUAAUGGAAAAUGCACUAGUCCAGAAUGCCAGCAAAAUCAGAUACUUGUGAAUAACCAAUGCCUACCCCUAGCAGUUGUUGGUGGACGAUGUACUUAUAAUGAGCAAUGCACUGGUAAUUCCGAAUGUGCAAAUGGAUAUUGUCGAUGCCCUGACGGUUCUGCUCCGACAAAUGGGAUAUGCAACGGACAGGGCAGUGUGUGUAAGACUUAUCAGGUAUCCGUGAAUAAUCAAUGCCUUGACAAAGUAUCUAUUGGACAGAGCUGCACAAAUACUGCCCAGUGCAUAGCUAACGCAAGGUGCACAUCUGUAUGCGAAUGCAAUUAUCCUAGUGUCUACGAUGGCACCUCUUGCGUCACUGGUAUCACAUACUGUUCUCCUGGAACUGUAUCCGUCACUGGUCGAUGUUUUCCUCUGGUGAGACUAGGGCAAUCUUGUCAAAACUCUGCACAAUGCAUGUCAUUCGGAACAUGCUCGAAUGGGGUGUGCGUCUGUCAAGUCAACGCGAUUGUUAUUAACAAUGUUUGCAGAACAAAUGAGGAGAUUGGCGGUUCAUGCCUAGCCAAUCAGCAGUGCCAGGGAGGGUCAGUAUGCCAGUCAGGGUACUGUAGAUGUCCUUCCGGUCAAGUAGACUUCGGUGAUGGUAUAUGUAGGUAUGGAAGCUCAACAUCGGAACAGGUUUGCGCUUCUCCAAACGAGGAAGUCGUGUCUACCUCAACUAGUUGCCAGUACAGUAGCUGUCCCUUUGGCAGCUAUUGCUAUCUGAAUCCACAACGGCAGCAGUACUACUGCUGCCGACAGAAGCAGUCGUCAGCAGGAGGCUGCGCAAAUCCCUCGCAGACGAUCAAGUAUACAAACGGCGCAGCGAUUAACUGUUUAUAUGCUCGUUGUCCAUCCGGUAACCAUUGCGAGUAUAGCAACGCACUCCAACAAUAUGUGUGUUGUGGAUAA